AUGGCCGCUGCCACCACCAUGAGCGAGCACACGCUGUUCGACUUCGAGCUCAACGACGUGUUCGAGAACGAGCUCAACGACAAUCUCUACAACCUGAAGAUGUCGGAGGACAAGGCCGUGAGCAGCCGCAAGAGCAGACGCAGCAUUCUGAAGCCGCUGAAGCCACUGCUGCGAAUGCUGAAGAAGCGCACCAGCAGUUACGCCAAGAGCAACAAGCGCCAGGAGGCCGUGCCUCAGGUGGGGAUCUUCACCGAGGAGAUCGAGAACCAGAACAACGCCAACGAGGCGCUGGAACGUAGACUCCUGCAGGAGCUACGGGACGCCGAGGAGGGAGCCGCCAUCACCGUCUGCCUGGACGGACAGAUGACCGUCGUGCCGGUUGUGCCUGGUCAGUGCUACGUGCCGGUGCAUUUCGCCCAUACUCAUGCCGGCGACUUCUACUGGACGACUCUCAGCAUGGCCGACAGAGACCUGUGCUACAAGGAACGCGCCUUCUCGCAGUAUCAGCUUCCCGAGGUGCAAGUGGCGUGA